CUUCUCUCUGUUCUUUGGCCUUUUGCUUGUGCGUCUGCGUGUUCUUUUCAUUGCAUCGCUUGUCAUAUUCGUCUUGCGUUACCAUCUGUGACUCCAAGCUGGGACAUCCGCUCGCUCGCUUCUUGCCGCCGCGUCAAACCCCCAGACUUCAAUUCCCAGCAAGCUCGCCUCCAACUGUCUAUCGACCAGAGCUGUCACGAGGAAAGAAAUAAGGAAGAGGUUCGAUUGAGGGAAGUACCCAAUACAAAGAGACCAUCAUCAACAGCGCCAUGGCCGACACCGAAGAACCUCAGUUCAACACGCUGGCGGAGAGGAUCGCGGCCCUCAAGAAGCAAAACAACUUCAGCAGCGUCGGCACUCCUGAAGCUGCCCGCAAGAAGCCUCCUCCACCCCCUCCGCCUUCUGGACGGCCCGCCGCCGAAUCGCGAAGCCAAACUGCUCCCGUCGUAACGGUCAACGGCUCGACCCGCGAAACAGCGCCUCAGCAGCCUCCGAGACCUGCCAGACCAAAUGCCGAUGCGCCGCCACCGCUGCCUCGUCGAAACACGCAGAAUGUGAGCUCGCCGGAUGCCUCAGCACCCCCGCCAUUGCCGUCGCGGACCAGCUCCCACCAGGCGUCUCCAGCGCUGCCACCGCGACGAGCAUCGACCAUGACUGUCCCCAAGCCUUCGGGCCGGCGCAAUUCUGCUUCGUCCGAGGCCUCAAUGCAGUCUACCAUGUCCUCCCUGUCUCUGACCAAGACGAUCUCCUCGACCACGAGCAAUGGGUCCAACGGAACUGUCGUGCACAAGCUGCCACCGGUCUGUGACAUGGCCAGCCUACCUCCUCUCCCACCUACAAGACGGGAGCUGGAGGCCAAGGCCAAGGAAGAAGCCGCUGCCAGGGAGGAGGCUGCUAGGCAGAGCGCUGCCAGGGUCACGCCCAGCCAGUCAGCUAGGCCUAGUCUCCCCCCCAGGUUGCCGUCAAGGCCAGCCAGGCCGCAGUCCCAGUCAAGCACCGACGCUGUCCCCAAGCCCGUGACGCCUCCACGGAUGCCAACGAGGCCCCGGAUUGAUGCAGCAGCUGAUGAUGUUCCGCCCCGAAUGCCAGCAAGACCCAAGGUCGACGCCGCCGAUAUCCCUCCUCCGGUUCCCCUGGCCUCCCGGCCAUCCAUGGCCCAGAUUCAGGCCUUUGCCUCCAAGGCACCGCCCGCGCCCGUGGUAUCCAAUGACUGCUGGACGUGCCGAGACUGGAGCGGCCCCGAUGGUGUGGCCGCCCAGUACCCCCGACAGGGGCUCCCCCAGCAGGACAUUGUUGGAUACCUUGCCCGCGUUCUCUGCGAGCCGUUUCCGUCAUACAACGACAAGGCAAGGGCCAUCUUCACCUGGUUUCACCACAACAUCAUGUACGAUACCAGGGCCUUUUUCAGCGGCAACAUUCAAGGCCGGACGCCCGAUGAAACCAUACGGUACGGCGCGGCUGUAUGUCAGGGGUAUGCGGAAACGUACAAGGCCAUCGCAAACAGGGCCGGCUUGGAGUGCGUUGUCGUUGGCGGUCACGGAAAGGGAUACGGCUACACUGCUUUGAAAAAGGGCGAAAGGCCUCCACCGCCCGACCCGACUGGCCAUGCAUGGAACGCCGUCAGAGUCGAUGGUGGUGUCUGGAGGCUCCUGGACGCUUGCUGGGGCGCCGGCCACAUCUGCGGAGCCAACAACCUAUUCAAGAAGGAGUUUCACCCAGUGCAGUUCACAAACAGCAGCGAGCAGUUUGGCGCCACCCAUUUCCCCUCGGAUCCCAGGCACCAGUUCCGCAACGACGGCCGCACAAUCACUUGGGAGGAGUACAUCAUCGGACGUUCGCAGGGCGAGCCGGUGGAAGCCUUUGGCAACUGUGGCCAGGAGGGCAUCGCGGAAGACUCCAUCGAGCCCGCGUCGAAGCAGAUCCCCGUCCACAGCGGCCAGGUUGUCCGAUUUCAAUUUUCCAAGCUGUGCGAGCACUGGAAGUCGGAGACGCACGGCCAGGGGAAGCCGCCGUUGUUCCUGCUGCAGAUCCACGGCCUCGACGGCCGCAAGGACGACAUGAUUCCCAUUGAGACGGAUGGCUACUGGCACUGGGCCGACGUCCAUGCGCGGGACCUCGGAGCGCCGGGACAGUCGGUCAUGGUGCUGCAGCUGACGUCUCUUGACGGCCAGGACGCGCGAGGCGUGACGGCCCAGCAGUUUCUGUCCAAGAAGGGGCGCUGUGCCAUGGCCUGGGCUGGGGUCGCCAAGUGGGAUUUGGUCUGA